ACAUUCAUUCUAAGAUGUGAUUUCAAAAAUGGCGGAUUGCCCCUAUGCCCGUUGCAUACAGGAACGCAGACACAUCCGACGGGAGCUGCUGCGAUGGACAAAGAAUAUGGUCUUCGUAGUCGUUGCGGUGGUGUCGCAGGUCUGGAACGGGUAGCGGAGGAGUUGAUGGGCCGUAGGAGAUGGAAGCAAUAUCAGGACACCCUGUACAGCGGUACUCGCAGCAGCGAAUCACUGACGGCACAGCCCCACCACCGGCUAUACCCGGCGUUCUCGUCGUCCUGCGACCCGGUGCCCGGCAACUUGGAACAAAUUGGGUCGCGUCCGCUUCAUCCUGCGUCCUCCUCGUUACCUACAACGAUAACGGCCACAACGACGGUGUCACCGGCAACGACGACGACAGCGGCAACGACGGCGACGACGACGACGACGACGGGCCUGAUCAAGCAGGAGAGCCUGCAGAGGCAUCACCUGCAAAAUCACCAUCACCUUCAGCCCUCCACCGUCGUUCAAGAUCACCAUCAACAUCACUGUCAACAACAACAACAACAACAACAGCAGCAGCAGCAGCAGCAACGGCAACGGCAACAGGAAGAGCGUCGCCUGAGGCCGGACGAGAUCAAAGUCGAGGUCGGCGAGGACGAGUUCGCGAACGGUGUCGGCCGAGAGGAGUCGACGGUGACGGCCACGACGACGACGACGACGACGACGACGAGCACGUCGACGACGACAACAACGGGAACGAGCAUCCUCGCCGUGUGCACCAGUACAGCGACCGGCACGAUCGCCACCAUCAGCACGGCCGCGAUGACCACGGGGACCACCACGAUCCCGACGAGACGACGACGCAAACGCCGGCAGAACGAUGGAGAGGCCACCGACGACAGAGAGGACGACGAAGAGAACGAGGAGGAGGAGGACGGGAGAGUCGGACAGGCCGAGACGGAGAAACGGCUGAAACUGGACGAAAACGCCGACACGAGCAGGCCCGUCAGUCCUCUGAGGAGGGAGAACGAUCGAGGAUCUCGGGAUUAUCCGACUGCCAACGCAACAGACACGGAAGGGACCAAGGAACGAACGGAGGAAGUCGCGUUGGAGCGGACACCGGUGACGCAGGGUUCGUUGCGGGUAAAAACGGAGGAGGAGCUGCAAGGUGUGCCGAGUUGUGGAGGAGGCGGCCCGACGAUAUUGACGACACCGGCCCCGGAUUCGGACGGCAUCAGGUCAGGAGUACUGCCGUGUCGGGAGGUUGAUGCAGCCGCUAGGAACACGGUAGCGCCGUUUCUCGUCGGUGGAAGCCGACGCACCAGCCCACCGCCGGAAGACUGGAAGCCGCUAGACAAGUGUUACUUUUGCCUGGACGGCAAGCUACCGCACGAUGAUCAACCACCACUCAGCCCGCAGAGCGACAGUAGCAGCAGCUCGCGGUCGGCCGAGUCACCGAUGUCGGUCCAGGUGGACCCGAUGGCGGCGUCCGUGGUCGCCGCCGCUCUCACCGGUAGCUACCCUACCCUACUGCCACAGUGGUGUCUGCCACCAAGGGAGGCACCUCUCGUUGCAGGGGUGCAGCCUCAUCAGGACAGUGCAACGCCAGCCGAUCAACCUCUCGACUUAUCGGCCAAACCGAAAAACUCUCAGGAUAACAACAUAUCUAUACUGGAACAACAGAAAAUACCUCUGAGGAUGACAGCAGGUAUCGACCCCAAGAGUAUCUUUAAUUCUUGUUACCGCGCGAAACCACGUAUGACCGGGCCGGUGGCGGCCGUGGCGGCGGCCGCAGCAGCCGCGGCAGGCGUCGGUGGUGUCCCCGUGGUGGGUGCCGGGGGUGGCCGGAGGGCCUACACCGAGGAGGAACUGCAAGCCGCGCUCAGGGAUAUCCAGAGUGGCAAGCUCGGCACACGAAGGGCGGCCGUGAUCUACGGGAUACCGCGUAGCACACUGCGCAACAAGGUCUACAAGCUUGCGAUGGAGCGCGAAAGGGACGCGUCCCUCUCUAGCACCCACUCACACCCUCACGAGCCCGGCGCCCCAGCCACCACCACCACCACCAUCACCACCACCACCACCACCACUACUACUACUACUACAACUACAACACCACCAAAUACGACCCAAAACGCCUCCGCGACCACUCCGCCCCCGCAAGUGGACGAGGUGGACGACAAAGAACUGUCCGGAGCGGAAGAGGAGAAAGAAGUGGAGAAAGCUCUGUUGAAGCCGCUGUUGUCCUUGGAGGACCUCGUCAGGUUUUCCGCCCUGGAAGGAAGCGGCGGUGAUUCCCUAAGAACGUUGCUGCAGCGAGGACACGAGACGGGAGCCGAGUGGCCAGGACUCGAACACGCCAACAUCGGUCCGUAUAUUCAAAAGAUGCUUGCAGCCGCGGCGCCAUUUAAAGGCAUGGAGACGCAAGACUAUCGCAUUCCAGAGGUGAUGAGAAGGCUGAUGAGCGAGGACAAGAGGCUAAACAAAAGCGUAAACGGGGACCAGUCGCAGCCGUCGCAUCAGCAGCAGCUCCAUCAUCAUCAAACGCACUCGACUCAUCCGCAAGGCCAGGCACAGUCGCAGACGCAACAGCAGCAACAGCAGCAGCAGCAGCAACGUGGCCCAAUAACGAACGACGAUUUCAAUCCGAAUAUCGAAGAGGAGGCGAGCGACAGUGCUCAGGGCAGAGCGAUUCUCAAAAUUCCGUCCUACAAGCCGGCGAGCACGCCCGGUUGUUCGAGCAAAAACGGCGAGCCAACGUCGGCCGCGUUCGCGCAGGGAUUCGCAGCGGCGACCGCGGCCUCGAGUCCGGGACUUCUGGAACGGGCGAGCCCCGCGUUCUCCGGCACCAGUAGCCCGACCAACUCCCUGGUAGGGAAAACCGUGGCGGUGAACUUCCGCGACGUGAUCGCGAAAAGCAUCAGCGUGAAAUUCCAAGAGGGGCAGACGGUGGCCACCGCUGCCGGGAUGCCCGGAUGCCAGCCGAGCGGGGUGGUGCAGUCGCAGCAGACGAUAAUGGCGGACCCGAGCCCGUUCAAACGAGGUAGAUACACGCCGCCUCAACCUGCGACGCAACAAGCUCAGACGCAGGCGAAACCGCAGACUCAGGAGGCGAACAAACCGAAACCAGCUACCGGUGGCAAAGGAACCAGACCGAAACGCGGCAAGUACAGGAACUACGACAGGGACAGUCUGGUCGAGGCUGUGCGCGCUGUCCAGCGGGGCGAAAUGAGCGUGCAUCGCGCGGGCAGCUACUACGGAGUGCCACACUCCACUCUCGAGUACAAAGUUAAAGAGCGGCACCUGAUGAGGCCAAGGAAGAGGGACCAGAAGCAGUCGGACGACAAGACGAAGGAGACCUCGGCGGUGACAGCGGCGGCAGCAGCCGCGAACAUACGACCAGGCACGGCGGACAAGAAGCCACAGUUGAAACCACAGAAACCGUUCACGUCACCGGGCGGUAUCCCAGGGCCCAACGGGAUCAAAAUGCCGCCGUUCAUCGAGGGCAUGCCUCAUUUGCCGUUCACGCCGUUCAAUUUCUGGAGUCCGCCGCCGUUCAUGCCGUCGCCGUUCAUGGCCGGUGCACCGAACGUUCCGACGAUUCUGCCGGAGCAGUACUUUGCAACGAGUAGGAUCCGCGGCUUGCAGGAACAACAGAGGAACGCGGCCAUGGUACAGCAGCAGCAGCAGCAACAGCAACAGCAGCAGCAACAACACCAGACGCAGCGAGACAGAGACGGGAUUGGCGUGGCUGCUGCGACGGCCGAAUCGCCGGGAACCUCGAAUUCUCGUGGCACGCCGAUGAGCAAAGCGCCGCGGGAGGUGUCGGAGAGCCUGUACGACGGUUCGGGCGCGAACGGCAGUUUCUUGGACAAUUUGAUCAGGUCGAGUCUCGAAACGGGAAUUCCAAGGGACCAGAGGGCGAUGACCGACGCGAGGAACCAGCAACAGUCGUCCACGCAGCAACAACUGCCGGAAUCGAUGAGGAGCAAAGCGUUGAUCGAUCAACUGUGCAGAAACUCGAGGAGAACGCCGGUGCCGAGGCUGGCGCAGGACAGCAGCGAGGACGAAAGCUACAGGGGACCAUCGGCGACCGGGAGGCCGAUACCGGAGAGGCCGGAACGCGUGCCCACCGUUGACCUUAGCCCGUCGCCGUCGGAACGCGGCCGCAACGACGACGGUAGCGAUCGGCUCACGUCGCCUCCGACGCCCCUCUCGAUCUCGAGGGCCGGAAGCAGAGACGAGGACAGUACACGGGACUCGAGGAUAGAUCGCAGCAGCAGGGAACGGGAGGUUCACAACGGUGGACAGGAAGAUCGUGAUAAAAAGAGCGUUCAGCAGCAGCAACAGCAGCAGCCGCCGCCGCCGCCGCCGCAGCAGCAGCAGCAGCAGCAGUUGAAUCACUACCCGGACUUACACAAUCUUUACGCCGUAUCAACUGAGAAAAAAAGUGCCUGUGAUAGUAAGCUUAUAGUAGAUCAUUCGAGCCAGAAGAGUCAACAGCAGCAGCAACAGCAACAGCCGUCGCAGCAGCAGCAGCAGCAACCACAACAACAACAGCAGCAGCAGCAGCAACAACAGCAGCCGCAACAGCAACAAAAGGAGUACGGUGCAGUGAGCGGACUGGUUGUACAACUGCAGCGGAGCUACAGCACCGGGAACAGCAGGUCCAGCGAGCAGACAAACAGCCAGCAACCGACGGAGCAACGCGGACCGGUCAUCAGCAUGGAAGACACCGUCGAGCAGUAGACGAGGAGAGAAAACGAAAGUCGGUAUCGUUGAUCAGUAAAGUAUAAAAGUAACUGAAUAUGAUGUUAUUACACGCGGAUCGGUGAACGAUCCGCGUAGACGGUAAGAGCCAAUUCCCGCCCCGAUGCCCCGGCAUUCUACCGCACCACAAUAGCCAACAAAACGGGGUGGUCUCCGGUGAUUCUCGGCCUUUCCGCCUUUCUCUCUCUCUCUCUCUCUCCUCCAUCGGUUCGCGCAAUCGUACACAUCCAUCGGCACAGUAACCGGUAAUUGUCUCUCGCUCUCAACUCUUGCGAUCGGUCACGAGACCGACAAAGAACCGGAAAUCGUGCCGCGGCUAUGAAAGCCGAACGCGCGACCCGUACCCCGGAGGAGAAGGAGGUGAAAGCCGAGGUGCACCUCCCCCGUGUUGUGGCGUGUGCGUGGUGUGUGCGCGCGUGUACAGGACGAGGGAAAGACGUUUCGAGUGAAAACGCGAAACGGUGGCACGAAACAGCUAGCAGCGCGCCACCCUCCUCCGCGCUGCCCCCCCCCUGCCCCCCAGCCUCCUGACCGUGCCCUUUUCCACCCGGAAACGUUCCCCUUGAACGUCGCGAGGCGGAAUAUUGGUGGAAACAAACGCAAACGGAAAAACGGGUAACGAAAAGAGAGGAGAGAAAAAAAAGGAAAGAAUAAGGCGGCGGGGGAAAGGGGGGCGGGCGGGCGGGUGGAGGGGAGGGUAAAGAAAACGAAGGAAAAAGAAAGGAGAAGAAGUAAAACGCGUAAAUGCCACCCAACCAACACUCGUGAACCCACUGCGAUUCCAUCAGUCACAUACGCAUAUCCGGCGUUCGAUCUCCGUCCAGCUGACGGUAGGUCGUACCGGAACCUUUUUUCGACUAUGGCGAUAUGUAUAACAUAUAUGUGUACAUAUUUCGAUUCGAGGAGAACGAGCAAGAAACGGACACAAGACACACGAUGCAAUGUCAUGUUGUACACGCAUAUACACACAUAUACAGACACACACAUGCCCAUCCACAGAGACACGCAGGUAGAAACGUACUCGGUGAUACACACAAACGCAUACACACACGUUUUUUUCGCACGUACAUUAUUUCGGACGCCUGUGACAGCGUCGGGUCUAUGCAACGUCUGUGCAACGUCCCGGCGCUUACGUUUACAAAUACAAAUGGGGAGCAGACGAGCAGCACACGUGCACGCGUCCGUAGGGAAAAUAUACGCGUUGGGUAGGGGCGCGCGCGCGACGAAAUUCUGCAGGGUUGUCCGGCCGACGAACACGCGCGCUGAUACAGCUCGUUGGCCGAUAGAUAGACUUUUGAACGCGCGAGCGCGAGGAGAUAGACGAAACAAGAGAAAAAAAAAAAUAAAAUAAAAGUAAAAAUAAAAAAGAAAUGAAAUAUAAAACAGAAGAAGAACAGAGUAAUUGCCGACGCAACAACGUAUUUUUUUCCUCUAUCGAUGUAAAACUACCUAAAUGCAAGAAGAAGAAGAAGAAGGAGAAGAAGAAGAAGAAGAAAAACUUAUUACCUACUACUAACAUUACUUAACUCGUAAGGAGCAACAUAAUUAUAUAAGGAAUGAUAUAUUAUAUAUUAUAUAUAUAUACAUAUAUUUUUGGUCAUUACGAACGUAUGCGAAACGAGAACGAGCCAAGACUUUUGUUGGCGCGCGUAUAGAUGACGUUUUUUCAUAAGGAGACAAUAUUUCUCUAAUCUCGGUUAUUUCGAGGCUGGCGUUCGGUAGAAACGCGUCCCCCCCCAUUCCCCCCCCCCCUUUCACAGACCAGGCGGGUCGCUUCGGAAGAAGGAAGCAGGAAUCACAGCUGUUUGA